GCGGCUCCGGCUCCGGUGUGCCCAGGUGCCCAUGGCGGGGGUUGGGGCCAAGCGGGGACCCCCCGAGGCCGGGGGGGGCCCCCCCGAGAAGAGACCCCCCCGCGAGGAGCAGCCGCCAACCACCCUGAUCGAGCCCCUGCGCCUGGGGGGCAUCUCCUCCACGGAGGAGAUGGACGUCAAGGUGCUGCAGUUCCGGAACAAGAAGCUGGCUGAGCGGCUGGAGCAGCGCCAGGUGUGCGAGGACGAGCUCCGCGAGCGCAUCGAGAAGCUCGAGAAGCGCCAGGCCACGGACGACGCCACCCUGCACCUGGUCAACCGCUUCUGGGCACAGCUGGACUCGGAGGUGCAGACGCUGCUGCGCCGCUGCGACGGGGACGGGGGAGGGGCGGCCCCGCCCCCCGGGGACCCCCCCGAGCCCCCCCCAAACCCCCCCGGGGAGCCCGAGGGGACAGAGCCCUGGGCGGGCGGGCCCGAGGAGGGCGUGGCUGCCGCCCCUCCCCCACCCCGGCUGAGCUUCGCCCCCGAGGCCGUGGCCAGGCUGGGGGGGGCCCUGGGGCGCGUCCAGAGGGGGCUGCACCAGCUCGGGGGGCACCUGAGCGCCCGCCCGGAGCUGGCGGAGCCGGGCCGGGAGCUGCUGCGGGAGCUGCUGCGGGAGCACCGGCGGCUGCAGGAGCUGAGCCAGCAGCUGCACCUGAAACACCAGCGCGAGGCCCUGGAGCUGGCCGAGCUGCAGGACAAGGCCACCUCUGCGGAGACGAAGGUUCUGGAGAUGGGGACGACGCUGGAGGGGCUGCAGUGGGACAGCGCCAAACUGCGCAAGCGCGAGGGGCGGCUGGACAGACACCUGGCCGAGGCCCUGGAGCAGCUCACCUCGGGCUCCUACGGCUCCGGCAGCUCCGGGGGCUUUCAGGGGGGCCAGAUCACCCUGAGCAUGCAGAAGUUCGAGAUGCUGAACGCGGAGCUGGAGGGGAACCAGGACUUGGCCAAUUCCCGCAUGGCCGAGCUGGAGAAGCUGCAGCUGGAGCUGCAGGCGGCCGUCAGGGGCCAGGAGCGCCUCAAGGUGGCGCUGCGCUCGCUGCCCGAGGAGGCGGUGAAGGAGGCCCUGGAGUACAAGGUGCUGCAGUCGCAGUUCUCGCUGCUCUACCACGAGAGCCUGCAGGUGAAGACGCAGCUGGACGAGGCGCGGGCGCUGCUGCUGGCCACCAAGAACAGCCACCUGCGCCACAUCGAGCACAUGGAGAGCGACGAGCUGGGCGUGCAGAAGCGGCUGCGCACAGAGGUGAUCCAGCUGGAGGACACCUUGGCACAGGUGCGCAAGGAGUACGAGAUGCUGCGCAUCGAGUUCGAGCAGAACCUGGCGGCCAACGAGCAGGCAGGCCCCAUUAACCGGGAGAUGCGGCACCUGAUCAGUUCCCUGCAGAACCACAACCACCAGCUCAAGGGGGACGUGCAGCGCUACAAGCGCAAACUGCGCGAGGUGCAGGCCGAGAUCAGCAAGCUCCGCCUCCAGGCCAGCGGCGCCCCUCCCCCACCCACCCCCCCCCGGGCGCGGGGGGAGGGGCGGGAGCGGCCCAAGGGCGGCCCCGAGGAGAACAAGAAAAAAGACUCGGAGGUGCUCAAGCAGCUGAGGGCGGAGCUCAAGAAGGCGCAGGAGAACCAGAAGGAGAUGAAGCUGCUGCUGGACAUGUACAAAUCGGCGCCCAAGGAGCAGCGCGACAAGGUGACGCUGAUGGCCGCCGAGAGGAAGAGCAAGGCCGAGCUGGAGGAGCUGCGGGGGCGCUGGCGGGAGCUGGAGGAGCGCGAGCGCCGCGAGAGCAAGAAGCUGGCGGAUGAGGAGGCGCUGCGGCGGCUGCGCCUGAGCGAGGAGCAGAUCGAGCACCUGCAGCGGCGGCUGGCGGCCACCAAACAGGAGGAGGAGGCGCUGCUGUCGGAGAUGGACGUGACGGGGCAGGCGUUCGAGGACAUGCAGGAGCAGAACCUGCGGCUGCUGCAGCAGCUGCGCGAGAAGGACGACGCCAACUUCAAGCUGAUGUCGGAGCGCAUCAAGGCCAACCAGAUCCACAAGCUGCUGCGCGAGGAGAAGGACGAGCUGGCCGAGCAGGUGCUCGCCCUCAAGGCGCAGGUGGAGGCGCAGCUGCAGGUGGUGCAGAAGCUGGAGGAGAAGGAGCGGGGCCUGCAGAGCGCCCUGGGCGCGGUGGAGAAGGAGCUGAGCCUGCGCUCGCAGGCGCUGGAGCUGCACAAGAGGAAGGCGGUGGAGGCGGCGCAGCUGGCCGAGGACCUGCGGGCGCAGGGCGAGCACGUGCAGGCGCGGCUGCGGGAGCUGCAGGUGUGCGCGGCCGAGAACCGCGCCGCCAAGGACAAGGAAUCGCUCAGCCUCAAACGCGCGCAGGAGGAGCUGUCGCGGCUGCGCCGGAAGCUGGAGAAGCAGCGCAAGGUGGAGGUUUACGCCGACGCCGACCAGAUCCUGCAGGAGGAGAUCAAGGAGUACCGGGCCCGGCUGACGUGUCCGUGCUGCAACGCCCGCAAGAAGGACGCGGUGCUGACCAAGUGCUUCCACGUCUUCUGCUUCGAGUGCGUCAAGAGCCGCUACGACACGCGGCAGCGCAAGUGCCCCAAGUGCAACGCCGCCUUCGGCGCCCACGACUUCCACCGCGUCUACAUCAGCUGAGCGCCCCGAGUGACCCCGAGUGACCCUGAGUGACCACUGAGUGACCACUGAGUGACCACUGAGUGACCACUGACCAUCCCCGAGUGACGGCCGAGUGACCACUCACCACCCCUGAGUGACCACUCACCACCCCUGGUCAUCCCUGAGUCACCACUGACCAUCCCUGAGUGACCACUGGUCAUUUACUGCCAUCCCUGACCACCCCUGAGUGACCACUGAGUGACCACUCAUCACCCCUGAGUGACCACUCGCCACCCCUGAGUGACCGCCGACCAUCCCUGGCCACCCCUGAGUGACCACUCACCACCCCUGGUCAUCCCUGAGUGACCACUGGUCAUUUACUGCCACCCCUGACUGCCCCAGGCCACCCCCGGGUGACCACUGGUCACUUUCGGCCACCCCAGGGUGACCACUGGUCACUUUCGGCCACCCCAGGGUGACCACUGGUCAC